UUGAUUAUAUAUUUUUAUUAACGCAUAAAACAUACAAAUGGACUUCAUAGUAGUGACACUAUAGCCUACAAAUGUGUAAAGAGAAUUUUAGAUUUGAGAAUUUUAAUUUAUUUGUUAUACUUUUUAAUUUAAUAUCAUAACUAAAAAAAUGGCAAGAAAACUAUCGAAAAAAGAAUGUGUGGCCGUUUUACACAUUUUCAUGGCUAUGAUAUGUAUAGCAAUCGUUGCGCUUCUAUACUAUGAAGUCCCUUUUCCUCAAGACUAUUUCAUAUUUUAUUACCAAAUAUGUAUGAACACAACUGCUUUUGUUUUUCUACUUUUUGGGUGUAGCACUUGGUGUUACAAUUCUAAUGUUUCUCGUACCAGAUACCAAGUUCGAAUAUUUUGUGUCUUGGUACUAUGGGUCUUACUUAUACUUGAUGCAGUGACUUGUAGUUACUGUUUUAUAAAUUACUGCACUGGCGAUGUUUACACGGCAUAUGAGAAAGAUUUUUCUACAAAACUCCAGUACACAAUAAUUUGUGUGAGCAUUUAUAUGGGUCUAGCAAUGUCCCUCGUUAUGUUUUUCAUAAAUUUGAUUUUAACCGUUAUUAUUUGUAAAAAGAGAAGGAGAAGAAAGCGUUCCCGACGACGAAAUAAAAGAUCAUAGAAUAGAACAUAGAAUAAAACAAACAUAAUUCUUCAACAAAGCACUAUAAAUAGACAAAAACAAGAAUCGGAUUUGUAAUUUUGAUAUCCAACAGAUACAUUUAGUUUAAUUCUACGUCGACACUCGAGGACAACGAAAUUCAAAAGAAAGAACAAAAACUGAAUCUUAAGAGAGGAACAUCAUUAUGUACACAAACUGAAAUUAAAUUAAUUCCUAAUUAAUUAUUUAAUAAUUAAUUAAAUAAUGUAACUCUUAAGAAUAAUGCUUAAUCGAAUAUGUUUGUAUAAAAAGAAAAUAUUGUAGACCUAUAAUGUGUAAA